AUGGUUGUCAAACAGUUGGCUUUACAAGGAAGUUCUUUUAGAGGGCAUGAUGAAUCUGAUGAUUCUUUGAAUCCGGGGAAUGUUCUAGCAUGGAUUGGUUUUGCAGCGAAGUUGAAUGAUCAAAUCAAUAGUGUAGUUCUCCGUAACGCACCAGGAAAUGAGAAAUACACUUCACCAAGCAUUCAGAAGGAGAUAUUGGGAAUCAUAGCAAAUAGAGUGCGUUCAGUUGAUGAAGCAGGAAGGGAACAAAUGUCUAUUAUUUUGAGAUUACAGUUGGCAUUGAUUACUUCUGCAAAGCUGCAGUUGGAUUUGUUUCCAUGGCAAAAGUUAAACUUCAAAAGCUACGGGAUGAAGGAUGGGACAAGCUACUCCAAGAGGUAA